GUUGGUGUUUUGAAAGAAACUGUGGGAAAAUGUAGUUUCGAAGGGAGGCUAGCCUUAAGUAUGGCUGUUGAUGGUGCUGGAAUGAGACUUCAUUUUUUUAACCCCACCAUCUUUUAAGUUUUAGAAUGAAAUUAUAUCCCAAACUUCACCAUUUAUGCUUUCUGCUGCUUUAUACUAUUUUAACAUAUUUAGUUCAGUAUGUCGAACAGCCUCCCACCGAUUGGUGUCUUCUGGGAUAUUGAAAAUUGCUCAGUUCCCAGAUGGAAAUCUGCCCUCUCUGUUGUUCAGAUCAUUCGAGACACUCUGUUCGUAGACCAUCGGGAGGUAGAGUUUAUGUGUGUUUGUGACACCAGCAAAGAAAGCAAGGACAUCAUCCAAGAACUUAAUGCUGCCCAGGUAAAUGUUGUUCACAUCACUGCAACCAGUAAAAAUGCUGCUGAUGACAAAAUUCGACAGAGUUUGAGAAGAUUUUCAGACACCCAUUCUCCACCUGCAACUGUAGUUCUUGUUUCUUCUGACGUUAAUUUCGCUGCUGAUUUAUCGGAUUUAAGACACAGAAAAAAGUAUGACGUUGUUCUUAUACACAGCCGCAGAGUGUCGGAGGCGCUUAAAAUCUGUGCCACAAAAAGCAUCCUCUAUGAGGAGUUAGUGAAAGACCUACCUAAACGCCAGGCAGAAGUUGUUGAUGAAGGUGGAUUAGAUGUAGAGGUAACCAACUUGCCUGGUGGUGUUUAUGAAAAGAAAAUACAAAGUCGCCUGAAAAAGCUGUCUGAGAAUUGUGGGGGACGCGUAGUCUCUGUUUGCAAGGAUGUUGCUGUAUUACGCUUCAAGUGUCACAAUGAUGCUGCAAAAGCAAGGACUAGAAUGGAGGGUGAGGAUGUAUAUGGAAACAAAAUUAAAGUGGACUUUCCUCAAGCCUCCCAGACAUACUCUAACAUCAGCAAUGGUACAAAUUCAUCAAAAGUACCAUCCCCUACUUCACAGUCAGGCUCAAAGAAUACAAGAUCAAAAAAUAAUCAAAAAUCUAGAUCGGAUGAAAAAAAACCAUUAGCAGAGUCAGGAAAGGACACAAAAAUGAAAUCAGAAUCCAGGGACCUUGUCUAUUCUAACGACAAAGACGUAGCAUCAUCCGCGAAGAUACAGAAUGUUGUGGACAAGUUUUCUAAGGAUAACAAAGGGAGUCGCCACGUCCUCAUGUUGCAGCAGCAGCUGUACCAGGAGGAGCAGUGGCAGUCUGAGGACCACACUCCUCCUGAACCAUUUUACUCCCACUACAAUUACUACCACGGUUAUCAAAACCGCCACAAUUACCCCAACCACCACCAUCAUCAGGAUGACUACAAUAAUUACCAUGGUUACAACGUGUCCAACAGUUUCUAUCACUACGGCUCCCAGCAUAAUCGUAGCUUCACCAGUUACAGUUCGUAUCGCAGUCUGUAUGAGAGUAACUCACAGAACUAUCGCAGAAACAACCAGCACAAUGGAUAUCAAAACGAAUACAUGCAUCCGACGUACGAUCACAGAAACAGGGAAAAUUACGGGAAUUAUCCAUCAGAUAGGGAUUACAAUGACAAGAGUGGAUACACUUUUCAACCAAUCACGAGUCCCUCCCCGUGUCCCAGCUCGACCAGUAGUUCCUCCGUCGAGAUUGAUCAGGGGGACUGGGACUCGCUGACUGGACCGGUGGAGUUAAUGGUGUCCAACCUAGACUACAACAUCAGUGCCAAGGAAUGGAGGAAGAUUCUGUUCACCACGUUCCAUCCCCAUGUCAGGGUUUUGAAUGUGCAUGUUAAGACUCAGCCAGAUAACACAAGUCUUGGAAUGGUGAAGGUCCCCAGUAUAGAGGAGGCCAGAUUCGCCAUCUCACAAUUCCACCGCAAGAAGAUUGGCUACAAAAGGAUCCAUGUUACGCUGAAGAAUGAAGAAACACAGCGCCCUGCUUCCAGUACAAGAAUGGAAGCUGUGGCUUUACUCUCGGAAGCAAAAGGAAAUGUUUUGCCUUUAUUCAAAUUUAUUGAGCUCUUUGAUAAAAGAUACCACAGGACCAUCAGUGUGUCUGAAUUAUACAAGAUGAGGGACACAAUAGAGAUUCGAGAGCAGGGAGGGGCUGGUAGAAUGGUGUACCUGGCCAACUCUUACCCUCCCACCUCUACCACCCCAACCUCUGACCCAGGGGACGGGGAUAUGAACGAGAUCUUGGAACAGCCCGCCUGCCCCAAACACUGUCCCGAGGGGUCCGUGACUUAUGUUGAGGCUGUCAAUAGAUGCAUGCUGCCCUUGGUCAGAGUGCGCCUCAAAACAUUCGCUGCCGAUGUUCAUACCUUGCUUCUUACUCAUGAAGGAAACAUGCCACUUAUGAGUUUUCCUGCCUGCUAUGGGGCAGAAUUUUCGCCUAUCCCUGAUGCCAUGGAUGGAGGGGUCCCUCUAGAACACCUGAUCAGCUGUGUUCCAGGUAUCCAGAUUCAGGUGUCCAGCUCAGGUGUAAAAAAGAUUCAGUGGGCAGAAAAUAAACCCCCAUCUCAGAUUGCAGAACAGAGUCGGACCUGCACUAGCCCACUCCUGAGCCAGCAGUUGAGCCAGAUUAGCCGGGAGAUGGUAGACCUUCUGAAGCAGUCGCCUCAGUGUCGCAUGCCAUUCAGCAAGUUCAUCCCAUCCUAUCACCAUUUCUUCGGCAGGCAGUGCCGCGUGGCAGACUACGGCUACAAUCGUCUCAAGGAUUUAUUUGAAGCUAUCCCUCAUGUUGUUCAGGUCCUAGGUACAGGAGACAGAAAGAUGCUGACAUUGAGUCACAAGGCACAGCUGAGGAGGUUUACAUCAGACCUUACAAAGAUUCUCAAGACUCAACCAGGAAAACAACUGACUGUCUCUGCCAUCCCUGAGGCUUUCACGUUGGCAUUUAACAAGCGGUUUGAUGUGUCCGAGUAUGGAAUGGCUGACCUGGACGAUCUGUUAUCUGAACUGCCUGCUACUUCUAUUGUGAUUUCAAAUGAAGGAAGAGAUGGCAUUGUAACUCUGCCUAGGAAAGACCAGAGUCCAGAGGAGAUAGAAAGAACUAAACAGUUUGCAUUAGAAGUGGUGGACCUGCUGAAGCACAACCCACAGUGUCGGAUGCCGUUCAACAAGUUCAUUCCGGCCUACCACCAUCACUUUGGGCGGCAGUGCAGGGUGUCUGACUAUGGAUUCAGUAAACUUCUGGAUCUGUUUGAAUCCAUACCUCAUGUUGUGGAUAUUGAGGAGGAGGGUGAGGAGAGAUUGAUUCACCUCACGGAGCCCGAGCUACGUAAAAUCUUGGCGGAACAGAUUGUGGGGCUCCUAAAGGUUCAGAAGAAUGAGUGUGUCCCCCUACAUCACCUCAUGUCUGCUUUCACCUGUCACUACGGCUUCAAUAUUCCACUACAUGACUUUGGAGUGGACUCGGAGGAAGAGCUUCUUAACAAACUGAAGCAUGUUGUGAAGGUGGAGAUGAUCAACCGCUGUAAGUAUGUUAUGUUGACAGAUCGCAGCACCAUUCCUCCGCUGGCUAAGCAGGUGCUGCAGCUGUUGAUGGACCAGAGCGGGGGCAGCCUGCCCCUGAUGGAGCUCUGUAGCCGCUACCUGUCCAUGCACGGAACAGAAUGCAACAUUAACCACAUCAAAGAGGAAUUGCUUGACUAUGUACAGGUGACUGGAGACGAUGAAUCUGGGGUCAUUAGCCUGACCGCCCUCCAAACCUUUGCAAGGGACACCCGCAUUCUCCUUCACAAACACUCCCAGAUAAAUGUGUCCCAUUUUGCAUCUGCCUUCAAGGAAAACUUUGGCAUUGAGAUUAAACCUGCUCUGUACGGCUAUCCUACGAUAGAAUCUUUGCUGCAGGCUAUUCCACACAUUGUGGACUUUGGAGGGAAAGGGCAGAGGAAGUAUGUGCUGCUUGCAGAAGAAUUUUCAGGGAGCAUGUCACCAAUCCCUGGAAUAGUCAGGCUGUCACCAUCUGCUGAAUCAGAUACUCAGUCUAGUGACUCAGGAGUCACUGAUACUCAUCCUGAAGUUGAAGACAUUAUGAAGCACUCGUCAUCAAGAUCCUCUGUAGAUCUGCUGGGGGCACCUGUUCCUUCUGCCAUACCCUCACCAGAUCUCCACCCUAUUGCCAAACAACUAGAUCUCAUGAAGUUUGAAAAUAUAGCAGAUUUAACGGAGAGAAUGUGGAUGAUAAGUGAGGAGGAAAAGAAGGGCCAGAAGACUCCUCUCUGUAGAACUCCAACCUCAGAGCUGUUACAACUAGCUGCCCAGUGUCUUAUCUCCAGGCCCCCCUCUACUGAACCGGGAUCCAAGGAGGAGAAAAAGUCUGCUAGUCAGGAACUCUUGGACCUCAUCAAAGGCAGCGGAUGGUGGAAAAUUAACGAGAACGAGAUGGAUCAGUUCAAAAAGAACCUGUCUGAAGAUGCGAAAGAUGCAAAAGAAUCUAUUCAACAAAGAGCUGUGGAGGGAUUUAAAUCAAGGCAGGAAAAUGUGGAUGGAAAAGGAAGAACCACUCCAGGGUAUCAGUCCUCCACCCCUCUACAAGAACUGGCUGCCAAGCAGAUACUUCAGGCCCUUCACCUACCAUCCAAAAACCCAGGCGGAGGGAAAAGGCUGGAGCAUUCCUGUGCAGCAGCAGAUGAAAUGUCCUACGACGACAUGUUUCGACAAGAGCUUCCUUUGGAGACCAGCUCCACCAAAUCCGAUUCCAGCACUCUGAGUGACAAGUCGGAAUCUCCGAGGAAAUCUCCACGCAAGCCACGCAUUGCGGCCAAGUUUACAGUCCCUAUGGAUAUAGGGAAUCAAUAAUUCAGUCAACAAAUUGUGUAGAUUGUACACAUAUGAUUAACUUCACGUUUUGCAAGAAACUUGCAUGGUUUUGGUGUCUUUUGUUCUGUGAUCCAAAGAAAUGGAAAAUUGUUAGUUUAUUUUUUUUUCCUCAACAAAUAUAUGUUUAAUUUUCAGUUUGAUAACUGAUUUGAAGAUGCAGGGCUAUUUUGUGAUGAACAGUAUUAAAAGACCAUUAUUAAACUAUUGUAUGUUGCCAGAUUUAGUAAAAGACUAUAUCCAUUACAAUUGCAUAUUGUAACAUCCAGUUUAUGUAUUUUAUGAAAUGUGAACAAGUUGGAAGUCUUUCUUUGAUGAUAUUUAAUCAUGAUUAUUAUAUGUACGUGCAUUAUGAAAAACCUCCAAUAUUUAAUCCAAUAUUGGCAGGUUUAGAUAUUGGAAAUAACAUGUCUGAUUCACUCUGCAAGAGAAAAGAAAAAAAAUAUUUAUUUUUCAUAAAAUCCUGUACUUUGACAGUUACAGCGAAUGUAGGAAAAAUGACCUACAUUUGAAAAAGAUUGCUGAUGAAGACAGGAUAUCCCAAAUGAUUGAUUUGUCUCCAAAAAAUAGGGGAGGGUGGAGGGGAGGGGGAUUUUCUUUUGCAGAGGUCAGGACCAGGCUGACACAGGUUGAAGUUCCUGUAGUCUGGUUAGGGAACAGCCGACGACUUGUUAUUUCAUAAUGAAAGGUUGAUUGAAUAUUAUUUUCUUAUGUGAAAGGUUUAUUAUAACCUUGAAAAAAAGAUUUUUUGUGUGGAUUUUGUGAUCAUUGUUGCAUUGUUUUGCCAUUGAUGGUCAAAGAAAAAGAAAGCUAUGAAUAAGAUCAGAUUUAGAGAGAGAUACUGAGAGACCGGUAUGUUUAAUGCUGUUUUUUUAUGCUUGUGUAACAACUGAAGACACUGAUGUGAAGUUGGAGAAAUUUGCUAUUUCAGAUAGCAGAAGUAAACUUCAUUGGAAUACCUGGUAUUGAAAAUGUUUGAAUUGACCAGUACUAUACAUGUAACAUGUAUGAUUUUAAUUUUUCUCUUCAAUUGAUUAUUCAAAUUCUAAGCAUAAAUCAAAUUAUGUCUUAAAUAAGUAUUUUGGUGUGAUUAAUUGGUGAAAAACUUUAAAUCAGCUUUAGUAAUAAGAAUGCUGCCUAAAAUUGGUUCUUGAUUUUGUUUGAUCUAUUUUCUUUAUACAAUUAACACUGUGGAAUAAAUAUGUGCACCUUA